CUUCCACUUGCAUCCCAUCCCCCAUCCAACCACCACCACACCAACAAUGGCGACCUCGGCAAACCCAUCAUUCGCAAAGCUCGACCCGUUCACCCAGAUCGUCCUGCACUCGGCCCUCAAGGUGGCCCAGGCGGGGAGCAUGGUGAUCCCGCCCGCGUGGAUCGUGUGGACCGCCGCCCGGCGCAACCCGUUCAGUAUCCGCCGUCUCAUGCGCGUGUCGACCGGUUCAGUCGUGCUUGGCGGCGCAGCGGGCGGAGGGCUCGCGUACAUGCGCUUGCAGAUCGAGCCGAGGGACAAGAUCGAGGACAGGUGUUAUCGCUUGGCCCGUAACCGCUCCCAAGUCCGCGCCGACGACUACUCGGUCAUCGGGUCCGUCCUCGGCGCAAUUAUCUCGCCGACCAUCUUCCUCAACCGCGCCUCGCUGCCCCUGCUCAUUGUCGGCGGCGCGAGUCUCGGCCUCGGCGCGGGUGUCUGGACGCACCUCAUCCAGUCGUUUACUUCUGGUGACGAGGUAGCCCCAGAGGCCAUGGUGCCAGAGAUUGUCGAGGUCACUAACAUUGUUGUGCCGCCUGGAGGUGACAAGAAGGCGUGAUGUACGAGACAAGGCCAUGUAUUCUGUCAGAC